GUUAAAUACCAAUAAUACCAUCAUGCUUUGUAAAUGCUCAACAAGGUCUUGAUUGACGUUGAAUUAUCGCUUUCGCAUCGCAAAUCGCACUCUUAUUUCCCAUUGUUUUGGGAAGGUCCGCUUAGUAAAUUUAAUCUCUAUUACCUUAUCUAAUCAAAUAAUGGUCUUUUGAUCACGAAAAAAUCGUGUAGAUAUACAAGUGUUACUAGAUAAUGUAUUAGGUAGUCAAUUCAUCAAAGCGUAACGUCGCGAGUGGCUGGGUUAAUUUAUUGUUUUAUGUUGGAAUUUCGACAAAUGUGAUUCGGUGUCGCUAUGGAGGAUUAUAAGUUUCUCUUUAAAGUGGUGCUAGUUGGUAAUGCUGGUGUCGGGAAGACAUGCCUGGUACGAAGGUUUACUCAAGGUCUAUUUCCUCCCGGGCAAGGUGCUACGAUUGGAGUGGAUUUCAUGAUAAAAACUGUUGAAGUUGACGGCGAGAAAGUGAAGCUUCAAAUAUGGGACACAGCAGGGCAGGAGCGCUUCCGCUCCAUCACACAGAGCUACUACCGGUCAGCGCAUGCGCUCAUACUUGUGUACGACAUAUCUUGCCAACCCACCUUUGACUGUUUACCGGAUUGGCUGCGGGAAAUCGAAGAAUAUGCCAAUAAUAAGGUGUUGAGGAUAUUAGUAGGUAACAAAACGGACCGUGAAGACCGCGAGAUCCCGCGGCACAUCGGCGAAGAUUUCGCGCAGCGGCACGGAAUGUACUUCCUGGAGACCUCGGCCAAAGAGGCCGACAAUGUGGAGCGGCUGUUCAUGGAGAUAGCUGUGGAGCUCAUGGAGCAAGCGAAAUGCAAGGAACUACCGAAGUACGACGGCAGCCUGGGGCCCAUCAACGGUAAGACGACGUCCGUCGGCGACUCCUCUUGCUGCUCGCGCUCCUAAACUAUACCCUAUCUCCUUGCAAUAAGAUUUACAUAUUGUCAGUUAAUUUUUAGUACUAACCUUGUAGACCUCAAGGUUUAAUGUCGACGAAGUGUGACUUCUUCGGGCCCAUCAAUGGUAUGACGUCCGUCGGCGACACUUACUGCUGCUCGCUCUCCUAAACUAUAUCUUAUCUCCUUGCAAUACGGCGUACGACAGGUCAAUUGUGUUGAUAAUACUAAGAGUAACACAAAUGACGCUUAGUAGCCCUUAAUUCAAUGCAAUAAGGUUCAAUGUCGACGAAGUAUGACUGCUUAGGGUCCAUCAAUGUUCACGUUCACUCUGACGGGGUAUCUGUGUAUGUAUGUAUUACCUAUCGGCUGUUGGUAGAUCUUUACCCACGCAGAAGAUUCUAUUUUCAUCCAUUUUAGACAACUAGUUCGUGUUAGUGUUCCGCAGCGCCAUCUAUUGAACGGAAGUAGAGUUAUUUUAAAGCACGUCUUAGCUCCAUUUUUUUUGGGCGCUUAGUACUCUGGUUUAAAUAACUCAACUUUCUUUCAAUAUAUCAAUAGAUAACGCUGAAUAUUAGAGAAACGCGAUUUUGUAUAAAUGCCACAGCCCCACAGCCAGAUCUUAGAUUUGAUUACUUCAUAGUAUGCCAUCAUAGAAUUAGUUAGGUUAGUUCAUGAUGUGGCCAAUUACUUGAAAUAAUUCCUAAGACCUGGCUACGAAAUAGUCACUCUUCGGGUGUGUGUGUGUGUGUGUGUGUGUGUGUGUGUGUUCGUGUAUGUUCAUCUGGAGUUGCAGGCGUACAUAGGCUACGGAGACUGCUUACCAUCAGGCGGGCCGUAUGCUUGUUUGCCACCGACGUAGUAUAAAAAAAAAACAAUAAUUCAAAGAUAAUUUAAAAUGGAGGUGGAUUGUCAAAGAAAACUUUGGAGCCACAGUUAUUUUACGGCCAAAGAUGGCGCCAUCACUCAACACAAUGCCGCCAUACCAUAUUUAAUAUUUAACAAAUCUAACACAUAUCAGUGAAACAAUAAGGAUCAAAGUCAAAUGGCGUCCUAAAAGUUUUAAUCAUGAGUCGAAAGAUGGCAGUAAAUUGUCUGUGGCUACAAAUUCUCUUUGAUGAAAUACACCAUAAAGUGUAAAAGCGUCCUUGCUGGCGCUGUGGACACGAAUUAUCUAUGAUUUUACGCGUACAAGUAAGGGUUAAAGUUAAAGUACAGUCGUUUUGUGAAGAUAUUUUUAAGUUUUUCUAAUUCGCAGAUACCCCGGUCAGAUCCGAUCUAUAAUGUGGACGUCUUUUAGUGUCGUUACUGUGCAGUGGUAUUAUUGUAGCAGUAUUGUCUUAUGAAGAUUGUUUUUUAUACAUUUACAGUAUUUCUCUUUGAAAUACAUUUAUUUUACUUUUUUAUUGCUAGAAAAUAUCGUAAUAUGAUAGAGAAGGUACAUAUAUAAUAAUGCCUAUACCUAUAAUAAUAGGGUAUAGUUUGAAUGUAAAGAAAAAAAUGCAAUUUUUGUUUUAUUAUUUAAACUGUGAUGGUUUUAAGAGAAAUUAACUCUUAUUAAGUUAUUAUGUUAACAAAAAAAUAUUAUGAUAACAUUCAUAAGUACUUCGGAGUGAUUUUAAAAAUCCACUUUAUUGUUUAUUAAAUGCUAUAUUAGUUUAUGUCUAUUGCUUCAUUCGGAUAAUCUUCAUAAUUCAUUUGUUUUUUUUUAAGGAUUCCCAUUUUUAGAAUUUCCCUAAAGCACCUAGAGUUUUUUUCUUAAUCGAACAAUGAAUUAUCAAUUGAUAUUAUUUUAAUUAUAUGUCAAUAACGAUACCACGCAGGGUAGAAUUUACAAGGAAUUGAUAAGACUUCGUUUAAUAAUAAGAUGCUAAACCUUGUAUUUAUAAUUUACUCGUAUUUAUCCCAAAAACUAAAUUGACAGUUCAAUUGCCCUUAUUUUGUCUAAUGACAGGUCGCAUUUUGGUAUUUAUACCAAACCCACCCAGUUUGGUUUAUAAAAUUACUAUGAUUGGGUGGUCAAUUGGCCAAUCGAACUUUCAUUUUUAGUACCGUUGUCCACUCUGUUAGUGUUAAUGUCAACCCUUUUACCGCCCAAAGACCGCGGGUAUAGCCCCAUAUCAACCUUUGUGCAUUCCGACAAGGUUCACGAUGACACGCCGCGCACGAUAGGCGUGGCAAUUGAUGUGCCGAUAAGAACUUUCUCGUAUCUGAGAAUCCCUUUCCGAAAAAAAAAACAACAACUUUCUCUUAUUAGCAUAAAUAAGUUAUGAAUAAUUUUCUUUUUUUUAAUGGAAUGACAUUUACUUUUUUUAAGUUUAUAACUUUUGCCUCAAAUAAUUUGGGCAAUUUUGUGUUGUUUUACUCCUGGUCUUUUAUCAAUUAAUAUUAUUUUUUAUAUUCCUAUGAAUAUUGUCAAGUGUUUGAUUUUAAGCUUCCAUGGUAUUAUCUCCAGACCUCGGACAGGGUGAGCUGUUUUAAGAGUUUGCAUAAUAUGGACAUACCUACGUAGUCAUUCAAUGGCAGAUGUGAUGUAAUUGAAUAACGAAUUAAAUUAUUCUAUUUAGAUCUUUACAUAACUAGCAAAACAAAUUAAUUGUAUAGCAAGCCUCUUUAAAUGAUAAGCAUAUUAUUUUAUAAGCUGGUCUUCGUCUGCUUCUGUCAGUCAGAAAUUAGAAGACGUCAUAGCUAGAAACCCAGACUUAGAUCUGUUUAGGGACUAUGCUGAAAAAAUUUCGGAAGGAACAGAUGUGGACGGUAUUUUAAUGUACAACUUCACUCCGCUCACUUCAGUGGAAGUAGAAAGGUCUUUUUCCAUCUAUAAGUGGAUAUUAAACUCAAGAAGAAGUGCGUUGAAAAUUGAAAAUCUAGAAAAAAUUAUAGUUCUUUAUUACAAUAACCAAUAACAAAGAAAAAUUUGAAUAAAUAAAUAAUACUUACUCGUUUUGUACAUAAUGCACUGUCAUUUUUGUUUAAUUAUUAAUAUUAUUAUUCAUGAAUUCUUUUUAAUAUUUCAUCUUGAGGCAUAUCUAUAUUAACAUCUACACUUGACAUUAAUGACGUAAAAAUGGCUCACUCUGUCCGAGGUCUGAUUAUCUCCUAUACUAAGCGAUUAACCAAAAGAUUCAUCGCUUUGGCGACGAAAGGGUAAAACUCUCAGAGAACGUUUCCGAGAAAUUUCCGAGAACGUUUCCGAUAGAUUUCUCUGUUCUCGGGAUAAUUUCGAGAACGGCACAUCGCUAGGCAUCGCGUUCAAAGGGUUAAGACGUAUUAUAAAGUGUUUUAAAGUUUUAAGUGCUCGCAGUUAUUAAUACCACUGCAGGUGAUCGUAUUUUGAGCGAAUAUCGUCACGAAGCGAAGGUAAACGUAGUAAUACAGGAUAACUUAUUACUCAUAUUUAAAGUUCAUAUUUGCUAAGAAAUAGUGCAGGAUAAAAAUGAGUUGUACUAGUAGUAUUUAAAAAGUAAAGCAGCACAUAUGGUGACUGCGAAACUUUAUAAUGAAAAGAAAAUACUGAUAAAUAAGAGCGUACUCCGAUCUUAAAGGUCGGCAACGAACUUGCAACGCCUCUAGUUUUACAGGUGUCCAUGGGCAAGGAUAAUUGCUUUAGGCGACAAGGCUGAUCGUUUUACUCCCGUUAAAAAAUGUGGAGUUGAUCCGUGAUAGUCUAUUGUCUGUAAGCACAUUUAUGUUUUGGGUCUUAACUUUUAUUGAGCUAAGCAAAUUUGAACUUUAACUAUGGGGUAUAAGAUUUUUUUUGCUUAUCACUACUAGGUUACUCCGUUACUCAUGUUAUAUAUGUCGGCGGCCGAUCGUAAUAUCCGCAAAAUCAUGAAAUUCCUAGGCAUAUCGUGAUGUCAUUGUCUCGUUCCCUGAGUUGACGGAGCCCCGCCAGGCGGGGCUUGUAUUUCUGGACAGUUUGCCCUCCGGGCUGACGAAUCUAUCCUAUCUAUUGGUUUAAUGUGACUACCGUCAAAACAUUACAACGAUCGGGCGGACAUUACGAUCGGCCGCAUAUGUAUAUAUUAUAUAAACCAUAUUCUAGCUGCCGAGGUCAUUCCAAUUGCUUUUAAAAUUAAGGUACAGUGUGGGUACAAUGUCAUAAACCAAAAGUUGUCUUAAAUACUCUGCGGGCAUCUUAUAAUCGUGCCUAUCGCGCACGACAGGAUAUAAUAACUCGCGGUGUCAGUAAGAGACAUAUGAUAUUUUUGUCAUGUCACGCGCGAUAAACACGAUUAUAAUCUGCUUUUAUAGAUAUAAUUGGUAUGUCAAUUCAGUAGUGGUAGUGUAAGUUGCAUAUCAAAUAUUGUAGAUUUGACCAAAAUACAUAGUCUUAGCUUCUUGUAUGGCUGAAGGUAUGAUAGCUAAUAAUAAUAUGGUAGUAAUUCGUUAUUGCUCAAUGAGCUCUCUAUAAAUUAAUCUCAUAGUAAAACGUCUAGUUGCUUCAGGGGUUUUUUUAAUGGUUUCAUAAUGGUGAUGGAGCUAAAGACAGCAUUCAUUUUCAUCGGCCAUCGCAUCCCGGGCGAUAGCUAGUAACGUGGUUAAUGGCAAUGAUAAUGAACCCUCGCGGACGUCAGCUGCCGUUCCGCCGGUAGAUUGAAAAACGGCAGCCAAAAAAAAUUGUCAUCGUAUCCCGAUUGAAACUUUGUCAGAUGAUAUGAUAGACACGUCGCCCUUAAUUACUUUACGAAGUUUCGCCCGUGAUGCUUUAGGUCAUGGGAAUCUGAGCGCCUACCGCGAACCACGUUCGACGUGUUGCCUCUCUGUUGCACUUGUCAAUUCGUACGUAAAUGUGACAGGGAUGCAACACGUCGAACGUGGUUGGCGGUAGGCCCUCUGUUAUUAUCCCGCGGUCUUAUACUACCGAUAUUAUGAUAUAAUAAAUGUUUUUGGCUGUGUUUACAUGUGCUUUAUAUCAGUUAGAUCUUUCUAACAAGAGGGUAUUAGCUUGAUCCGUCGUGUAAACACAGCCUUAUAUGAUGACUUUUUUAUCUGUGGUCAGACGGACCAAUGACGGGCCGUUUGGAAUGACGUUUACUAACAUUUACAAAAUAUAUCUGGAAAUUAAAUAAAUUAAUGAGCAUUACAAGGUUUCAGGUUUGACUGAUAAUGUUAAUUAAUAUAAUGUAGAUCCAUUGCAUAAUAAUUAUUCAUUAUAAAAAGACAGUUUUACUUAAAUAAAUAGAAUUCGUAGUGAUGACCUGAUGACAUUGUACCAACACUGUAGAAUAAAAAAAAUGGUUGCAAUUUUGUUUUAACAUAAAUAGUAAUUAUUUUGAUAUAAAUAAUUACUAGCUAUGCUAGCGUGAACAAAACGCUUUGUUUAAUUUAUAUUAGGAUAAAAUUCAGAGAGUGUACGUUUUUUUUUAUUAAGGGGGGCUCAGUGAAAAAUGUUGGGAACCCCUGGUUUAAACUAAGGAUGCUAAGCACAAAUAAUUUUGUACAUUGACCCGCCUGCCCCAAUCUAUCGCAAGCGCGAUGAUGCCGGCGGUCAAUGCCACUGUGCGAGCGGGGCAGCAACAUGAUUAUGCGCGUGUGAUAAUAGAGACAGGAAAUCGCGGGUCAAUGAACGAAAUUCUUCCUGCUUAGUGUCCUUACUUUAGACAUUGUGCUGAAAUACUAUUUUGUAGAUUAUGGUUAUCGUUGAGGGUAAAGUGGAUGUAAUAGUGUUUAUGAUUAUUAAUACAUAGUUCGCUUUACUAAAAUCAAUUAGUACAUAUUAGCAAUUUCAUUGUUUUUCAACAAACAUGGGAUACAGUAGAAAGUACUUGUUUUUGUUAGUUACAGCAGAGACGAGUGAUUAAUAAAAACUGCUAAUCUUCUGACAAAUAACUUGAAAAGCUUGUCUAGAUGUUUAGAUGACACUGUCUUUUCUUUUACAGCGCCAUCUAGUGACACUCGCUGAGUGUUCUCAAUAGUUUGAUCGCGCAAAGCUUAACCCAGAUGACGCUUAAUCAUAAAAAAAAACAGGUCAUUAGAUAUAUCAAAUCCAAAGAAACAAACCACAGACUACAGUUUUUUUUUGGUUUUUUAACUGUAAGUAGUUUAAAAUCUGUGGGUUUUAACCUCAUUUUGCAUGAAGAUUAGCAGUCUGUGACUAGCAUUUGGUUAGAGAUAUGUAUGUGAAGGUUAAUUACAUUAAAAGGUGCGGAUUUAUAUACAUCGUACGUAGUUGUAUAUUUACUUUGUGCAUUUGACAGUGAUUACUAAGCUUUAUAAUAAAUAUACAUGCUAUGUUAGAAAUCAACUGCAAGUAGUUGUUGUUAUAUUUGUAAUUUGAGCAUUUUUUUGGCGAGUUGGUAUUUAAAAUUUAUCGAAGUAUUAUGACCAGUACACAUAUUGAUCAAAAAUGUACGCCAAAAGCACUAGGUUUGACUGGAUAGCUACCUUAGAUUGGCAAACUUUGUCGCCAUAUGUGUACUGGGUAUUAUAUUUCACCUUUCAGGAGUAUACUUGGAUUACUUGGGGAAUAAAAGUAUUUUAUUGUAAUUAUAAUACAUACUGGGCAAAUGAACGGUUCCUAUCGCAUCUGUCUGACAGAGACAUACCUGGUGGUUAUGAGAUAUGAGCCCACGGAAGUUUACAUCUUUAAUCUUUCAUUUUCUCAGUGUGUACAUACAUGUAGCCGGUCAAACAACUUUGCCAGUAGAAAAAGGCGCGAAAUUAAACUCUUCUAUGGGACGAUAACCCUUCGCGCCUACAUUUUUUAAAUAUGCCGCUUUUUUCUACUGACGGAAAUGGCUUGACUGACUUUAGUAAAAAUAUUGGUUGUAUUUUUUAUUACUCGUUGGUGUUGCCACAUUAAAACCGCCUUCUUAUUUAAGCAACCAUAAAAAUAAGGACGCGUUUAUGUGUUAAGUAUGGCAAAAAGAACUUUUUCAGUAAAAUAAGCGGCAAAUUUGAAAACUGUGGGCGUGAAGGUUUGGUCUUAAAUAGAAAUUUCGAAUUUUUCGCCUUUUCUACUGACAAAGUUGACUUGCCAGACUAUAGAUUAACUACGGCAUUAUAAGUUAUAAGCCUUAACUUUUUCUAUCAUUUUGUAUGGUUGUUUGUAUAGCCGUGAAACUUAUGAGAACUUAUUUAUUAGUAUCAAUGCCGCAAAGUGAUUUAGACUAUUUUAAAGCUUUAGAAAUAGUUACGCUACAAAAUAGUUUUUUUUGUGAAUUGUUAACUUUAACCUAGGGUUACGGAUAUAUUUAGUAUAACUGAUAUUAUGCUUGUUAUGGGUGUCUAUUUUGGGAUUUUUUUUCAUCACAUAAACUUCUUUGUGCAUUUACAUGUGAGGUUGUUUUUAAAUUGUAUGCUUAAUUGAUGUUGAAUAUGUGCAAUACGAUUUUUUACGCUGGUAAUAUUGUUAAUGAAUGAAUUAAUGAAUAAUGUUUUAUUGCUAAGCUAAUACAGAGAUGAGAUAUGAAAAAACAUUACCCUCCUCCCUUUGGCAGUCGGGUAAUAAUAACUGCUAAUCCAACAAAUAGUAUGUCUAGUUACGGACUACACAAAUUUACCCGUAGGUGUCUGAGAUUCUCAUUUUAUAGAAACAACACGUAGAUAAUAGCAGCAUUAAUAGCAGUCUUUAUUUUUUAUUUAUCUCUGGUCAUCAGUAUGAAAUUAGGACAGGAGUAUAGUAGAUGUGCUUCCUUAUGAUGAUUUCUAACUGUGACAGCUUUUAUGUAGAAAUCAACUUAGAAAAUGAAAUACUUGACCGAAUGAAAUAUAUAGCCUUUUUAUUAGAAUUAUUGGAUCUGAAAAUACCUAUCUUGAUGUUUCCUGAUAAUUAUCAUUGAUUAAAUUAAGUCACCAAAGAAAAGGAAUUAUUGUAAUACUCGCAAUUAAUAAAUAAAUAAUAAAAUGAUCACUUUGGAUACAA